AUGUCAAGCGAAGGGCACAAGGAGGGCAGCAGCUCUUUUCCGAGCCUGGCGAGCUUAUGGCCCUUUGCAAGUGAUGCAGGCAAAGCUGCAGAGGAGGCCACGCAGGAGCAGCCAGAGACAAGGACUGCCGAGAAUCCUUCAGAGGAGUUAAAGAGCGGCUCGCAUUUGCGUCCACCAUCCGGCUCGGACGAUGCGGAAGUAGCCGGCUCACUACCACUGCCAACUUCUCGCUCGCUCCGUGAGUCCGCCCUCUCUUCGACACCCCAAGGGUCACCGUCGAGCAGGAAGGCUCCAGCGGGCAGGGAAAGCUCGGGCGAGCCCGGAAGCCCUGGCGCGCGGUUGUCUUCGGCCGCCUUCCAGUCAGAUGGCGCAGCAGGCCAAGGUGAACAUCGCCGAGAUGCCGCUGACCAAGCAGACUCAAAAGUGCCACCGCUGACGGCCUUUGCCGAGCAGCUUGCCUCUGCGACGCAGCGCGCGCCACAGAGGUUGGCCGAGCGGUUAACGGAGCAGCUGCAGCAGUCCUGCCUCGAAGAGGCAGCCAUGGGCCAAAGCAGCUUCACUUGGGACAUACAGCUGCCAUCCAACAGCCGCACAUUCAUGCACCAGGUCGCUCGUGCUUUUGCCUCUCGGGUGGAAGCGCUGGGCUUCGAGCAAGUUGAGUGGUGGAAUGGCCGGGAAUGGAGCAAGCACAGCCGUCAGUAUCACAUUGUUCACGACCCGGUCUACGAGAAGUAUCACAUGAAGAUCCGGGUGCGAUGGCUCGAGAGGCUUCCACAGGAGGAUGCCGCACCAAGGCGUCAGCUUACGCCUCAACUUGGCUUUGCAGCUCCAAGUGCGGAGCAAGCUGUGGUCGAGCAGGUGUCCAAUUGGCUAGAGAUGCAGAGGCAGAUGCUGGAGCAGCAGCUUGGACAAGCUGCCGGCAACACGCACGACAGUCCAGAAUGCCCAAAGGCUGCUCCUGUCACUGAGAGCACAACUGCAACUCUGUGA